AUGACCGACUUAUACGCCCAAGUACACGAAGACCCCAAGGGGCCCGGAGAUGCAAGACCGACUGCUCUGAAUAUCAUCCAAGAUGGAAAGUUGGAAGGAGUGCUGCAAAAUCAAGCCGUGUUUAUCACUGGUUGCUCGGCCGGCAUGGGCGUUGAAACAGCCAAGGCCAUGUACGCAACAGGUGCUACGCUCUACCUGAAGUUUCGUAACCGAGAAAAGGCCCAAUCUGCACUGGGGGAAAUGCUUAAUAGCGAGCGUGUGCAUCCGCUCGAGAUGGAUCUCAACUCGCUAGCCAGCGUGCGCGCCUGUGCAGAACACUUUCUAUCGAAGAGGAAAACACUCAAUAUUCUAAUUUGUAACGCCGGUGCCCAUUCUCCCCAGAAAAGCCAAACUAAAGAUGGCUUCGAGCUCCAUUUUGGAGUCAACCAUCUCGCUCACUUCCUCCUUUUCAAAUUGCUGAAACCGGCUCUGCAGGCUGGCGUUACCCCAGAUCGGGCCUCCCGCGUGGUGGUCCUUUCCUCGAUCGCACACCGCUUUGCUGAACUAAACUUGGACGACAUAAAUUAUGACAAUGAUUAUCACGGUAUGCUUGCUUACGGUGCGAGCAAAACGGCAAAUAUAUGGAUGGCGAACGAAAUCGAGCGAAGAUACGGACCUAGCGGCCUCCAUGCUUGGAGUGUGAAUCCAGGUGCUGUUAUCACCGAGCUGAAUCGGCAUAUGACCGAUGAGGAAAGGGCUUCAGAUCGCGCGGACCCAAUGAAGAAGAACAUUUUCAAGUCGUCCAGCCAGGGCGCCGCAACCGCUGUCUGGGCUGCAACUGCUAAGGAUUUGGAGGGACAAGGCGGUGGAUAUUUGGAAGAUGUUCAUGUCUCUAGGGCGUGGAACUCUUCAGAUGGCCAAUUUGGGCCAGGUUACGCUCCGCAUGCUCUAGACACCAACAAGGCGAAUAAAUUAUGGGAGAUGUCGGAAGAAUUUGUCAAGUCAUAUUAG